CCAUUCUCAUGCAAAUCGCUGGAGCUUAUAAAGUGAGCGGCACCGGACUCGCGCCUCAAGCCACACGAGGGCUUCGUCCAGGUCACCACCUUUCACCCCCCCCUUCCCUCGCCACCCCGAUACGUGGAUUCACGCGCUCGGGCAAACAUCACGUGCACCACUACCCCGCCACGACCCCAACGAGACAUCAUCGAGCAGCAGCCGGCAUGGAGGAAGCCGGGAACGACAAGGGCCGCUUCCAAGUGAGCGUACAGCCCGGCGAGGAUGGGGAGAACUACGCGUACACGGACACGCACACCAACACCUACUACUCGCGCACGUUCGGCCACAACACCCUGGACCCGGUGCCCAACUACAACUACUACUGCCGCACGGGCACCAUCCACGGCAAGAAGCUGCCCAGGCCCAGCAUUCACGAGCUGCACGCCACCUACAUCCCGCCGGAGCCGACGGGUCUGUCGGGGGUCUAUGACGACCCCGAGGCCGGGCAGGAGGUGGAGGAAGACGGCCCCAAAGCCCCUGAGCCCAUCCUCUUCGGCUGGUUCCGUGGUGUGGGGUGGAAAAAGGAGCGAGAGGGGGUAGGGAAGGCGGGGGGGCCCGAGCUCACGGAGACCAAUCGCAUGACUGCGCACCUCUUCACAAACUUUAACUUAGAAAACAAUCCCCCUGCCGGCGGAGCGCCUACCGCCAGCAUUGACAGCAUAACGAACGAGUGGCUUGCCAAGGAGUGGAAUAACUCCAAAAGUCCGCUUACCGUGGAGAUGGAACAAGACAUUCAGCGUGUGUGUCGGCGCUAA